AUACUGAAGAAGAAUCCAUUGAAAAAGAAUUCAUUGAAAGAGGACCCACUGAAAUAGUAUCUACUGAAAUAGGUAGCGAGAAAGUGAAAAGUUUAAUCAUAAGUGAUACUCUAGUUCCUUCUACGAAAAAGACAAAAACCGCUACCACUACUCUAAAAGAUAACAUCUUUACUAUACUAAGUAACAGUAGUGAUGGUGAUGAUGAUGAAAUACUAUCACAAAUACUGACACAGUUUUAA